AUGUCGCACAAGGGCUUGGAAGAGUCGGAUGAUGGCAGAGAUGCUGGACUCGAGACUGAUGAUGGUGGCCUCGAACGGCAUCAUUCGACCUCGCAAUCACGGUUGUUGCUGUACAACCCGGACGAGCCGCUUCUCCCGCAUGAUGUGCAUGUGUUGUUUGUGGAGGAUGAGCCGGUCUCACGAAGACUCGCCAUUCGAGUCCUCGCCAACGAGGGCUACAAGGUGACGGAAGCUACCGAUGGAGCCGAGGCGUGGGAGCUUCUGACAAGCUCGCCCGAAGAGUAUACCAUUGUUGUCUCGGACGUGACGAUGCCGCGGGUCGACGGAACGACGCUCCUGGCUCGAAUUCGGACCGACGGGCGGUUCGACGAGCUCCCUAUGGUGAUGAUGUCGUCGACGGACGAGACGGAGGUCUGCUACCGCUGCCUCACCAAUGGCGCUGACGACUUUAUCAUCAAGCCGAUCCGGGCGCGCAAGGUAGCGAACCUGUGGCAGGUGGUGUGGAAGAAGCGAAAGGAGUCCGUAACCUCGCGCGAGCUCGCCGAGGAGCGGCGGAAGCGGCGCGAGAUGGCGUCGACGAUCUCAUCACUCCACUCGCGGAUUUCGUCGGCCAUCGAGACGCCGCUCGCCCACGUCAUGGCCUCGCUCGACGUUGUGCUCUCGCGUGCGCAGGUCGAUCCGCACGUGGUGUCGGGCAUUCGCGACGCGCUGGCGGCGCUGGGCGCCAAGUCGCUGUACCAAGAGGCGUUUGAGGAGACGGUGCGGUCGUCGGACAUGGACACCAACACCAAGGCGUGGCUCCUGGGCCAGGUCCGCAACGCGAAUCUCUCUUCAACGCCGGUCAAGCUCGACGCUGAGACGCACAAGCCGUGCAUGCUCAACAGCUCUGGCGGCGACCUCAGCUCCGAGUGCUCGGACUUGCUCGAGUCGACGGAAGAGACAAUUCUUGACGAACUCGCGUCACUGGAAACCUUUGAGAUGCUCACGCUGACGGAGGACGACAUGGCGCGGUACCUCGAGGUGAUGUUCACCUCGCUCAACGGGCCGAACGUGCUCCACAUUGACGUGGAGACGUUCCAGGCGUUCGUCACGGUCAUCCGGGACCACUACCGUGACAACGCGUACCACAACUUUAAGCACGCCUUUGACGUCACGCAGUUUGUGCAUUGGCUCUUGGUCAAGAUCUGCGCGGUCGAGCUCCUCUCGCCUCUCGACGUGAUAGCGACGUUCCUGGCGGCGCUGUGCCACGACGUGGACCACCCCGGGCUCAACAACAACUUCCAGAUCAACACGGUCUCGCCGCUCGCACUCCGGUACAACGACAUGUCUGUGCUUGAGAACCACCACGCUGCCGUGGCGUUCUCGCUCAUGCUAGGGUCGACGGAGGCGGCGGGUUCGGGGGCAGUCCCGCUGCUCUCGGGCCUCUCGCGGGCCGAGUUCAAGUCGAUGCGCAAAAAGAUUGUGACGUGUAUUCUCGGCACCGACCUCGCGCAGCACGUGGAGAUCAUGCGGCGGUGGGAGGAGGUUGCGGUGGGGUAUGAUGCCGACGUGGCGGCACACCGUGAGCUCCUCGCCGUGAUGCUGGUCAAAUGUGCCGACAUCUCGAACCCGCUGCGGCCGUUUGCGCUCUCCAAGUUCUGGUCGGACAUGAUCAUCGACGAGGGCAUCAAGCAAGGCGCGGCAGAAGCUGCGCUCGGGCUGCCAAUCUCGCCAGGCAUGGAUCCAGAGACGGUCAACCAGCCGCAGUUCUCGAUUGGGUUUAUCGACUAUUUUGUGAUGCCGUCGUUCCGUGCUCUGGAGCGGGUUCUUCCUGACAUCGGCACGCUCGCCAUUCCGCUCCUCAGCAAAAAUCGCUACCGCUGGCAGACUCUGCUUGACGUCGCCGAGGCUGUUCGCGAGGCACUUGCUCGUGAGCGCGAGCUCAUGGCGGAGGCGGCUGCCAAAAGCGACGCUUCAAGCUCGUCGCUGUCGUCAUCGGCGGCUUCGUCGCCGGCGGCAAGUACGACAGUACACCUUCCUCCAAGUACCGCGUAA